AUGGUGUGUGUCCUUCAGAAUUUACCCCAAGCUGCAGAUACUCUGGCUGUGAGGCAGAAAAGAAGAAUUUAUGAUAUCACCAACGUCUUGGAAGGGAUCGACUUGAUUGAGAAAAAGUCCAAAAACAGCAUCCAGUGGAAAGGGGUGGGCGCUGGCUGCAACACUAAGGAAGUCCUGGAGAGACUGCGAGACCUCAGAGCCGAGGUUGAGGACCUGGACCUGAAGGAAAGGGAACUGGAUCAGCAGAAGUCGUGGCUGCAGCAGAGCAUCAGAAAUGUGAUGGAUGACGCCAUCAACAGCAGGUUUUCCUACGUGACUCACGAGGACAUCUGCAACUGCUUCCACGGUGACACACUGCUUGCCAUCCAGGCACCUGUGGGCACGCAGCUGGAGGUCCCGCUCCCAGAGAUGGGUCAGAAUGGACAGAAGAAGUACCAGAUCAACCUCAAGAGUCACUCGGGCCCCAUCCACGUGCUGCUGAUAAAUAAAGAGUCCAGUUCGUCUCAACCUGUGGUUUUCCCUGUCCCCCCACCGGACGACCUCACGCAGCCCCCCUCUCAGCCUUCGACUCCCCGGACCCCGCACAAGCCCAGCCCCGCCCCGCCGAGCCCUCCGCGGCCGCCCGCCUCUGAGAGGAGCCCCGGCCUCCAGCACAUCCCGGCCACAGACUCGGCUUCAGGAUCUGUCACUGGAGAUCUCAUUGAUGAGCUGAUGUCUUCUGAUGUGUUUCCUCUCCUGCGGCUCUCCCCCACCCCCGCGGACGACUACAACUUUAACUUAGAUGACAGUGAAGGAGUGUGUGACCUGUUUGAUGUCCAGAUACUAAAUUAUUAGACUCCUUGAACAACUGGGACAGUAUCUACCUCUAACUGAAACCUUGUAGACUUGCUAAUAACCUGAGUAUUUAUAAUGAACGUAACACCUGUUUAGGUCGCUGAUUCUGAUGUCUUCUUCCCUAAUACUUGCUCUCUGACUUCACAAAACGUCAACUGUGAAAACAAAGGGCUCCGAAGCCCCUACAGUGACUGCAUUCUGGAACUUCAACUUACCUUCCAAUUCUAACUCCUGUUUUUACUAUUGUGAAAGGAAAGUUAAAAGGUUAAGGUCAUCAAAAACCAAAAUGGCCUCAUCACUUAUUUGUGUUCCGCUUUUACUGCCACGAAACUGUAUUUCUGCGCUCCGAUCCUGACAGUCACUGCCACGUAUGAAGCGAAGGUGCCCGAGAGGCUACGGUCACUUCCCGUGAAGAGUUUGUGAAGUGCCUUUGUUCUAGCACUUUAAGUUCACCACGUUUGCUGACUCCUGACAUUCCACUUUCCUGGAUUAUAGGAGAGGGUUGAUUAUGUAGUGGUUUUUAAAAUGUGCCAAUGCCUGUACAUUAACAAGAUUUUUAAAAAUAAAGUUGUAUAAAGCA